CUGAUGUGAAGUUUGAGUGUUUGGAGGACGGAUGGAGGCGGUGCUCCUGCAGGCAGCAGGCAGGGCUGGGCAGCAGCAGCCCGCAGCGGAGCGGCAGAGAAAGAUCCAGCAGGGAGGAGACCCAGUCAGACAAGGAGGAGGGACAGAAAGGCAAGACAAACAGCACUGACAAUACCGAGCGGUACCGUCGUGACAGCGUCUGUCAAUAGCGCGGAGACACCCGGGGGUUAGCGUUUUCAUCCCAUGUAUUUUUAGAAACAGUAUUAGUAUUUAGCUUCAUUGCCCUUGUCAUUGGCAGCCCGUCGUCACCAUGACAGCGGAAGAAACCAUAAAUGUGAAGGAGGUGGAGAUGAUCAAGGUGAUCCUGGACUUUCUCAACUCCAGGAAGUUGCACAUCAGCAUGCUGGCUCUGGAGAAGGAGAGUGGUGUCAUUAAUGGGCUCUACUCAGACGACAUGCUCUUCCUCAGGCAACUGGUGCUUGAUGGCCAGUGGGAUGAGGUCUUGCAGUUCAUUCAGCCUUUGGAGUGCAUGGAUAAGUUUGACAGAAAAAGGUUUCGUUACAUCAUCCUCAAGCAGAAGUUUCUGGAGGCUCUGUGUGUGAAUAACGCCAUGUCUGCAGAAGAUGAGCCACAGCAUUUGGAGUUCACCAUGCAGGAAGCAGUCAAGUGUCUCCAUGCCCUGGAGGAGUUCUGUCCCUCUAAAGAUGACUACAGCAAACUGUGUCUGCUCCUCACACUGCCUCGCCUCACAAACCAUGCAGAGUUCAAGGAGUGGAACCCGAGCACAGCCAGGGUGCAGUGUUUUGAGGAGGCCUGCAACAUGGUUGCGGAGUUCAUCCCUGCAGACAGGAAACUGAGUGAGGCUGGGUUCAAGGCCAGUAAGGAUCGACUCUUUCAGCUGCUCCUCAAGGGAGUCCUCUAUGAGUGCUGUGUGGAGUUCUGCCAGAGCAAGGCAACAGGUGAGGAGAUCACAGAGAGUGAGGUCCUCCUGGGUGUCGACAUGCUGUGCGGUAACGGAUGUGACGACCUGGACCUUUCCCUGCUCUCCUGGAUGCAGAACCUCUCCCACAGCGUGUUCUCCUGCGCCUUCGAACAGAAGCAACUCAACAUCCACGUGGACCGCUUGGUCAAGCCUGCAAAAACCGGCUACGCUGACCUCCUCACCCCGCUCAUCAGCAAACUGUCUCCAUACCCCUCCUCCCCACUGCGGCGCCCCCAGUCCGCUGAUACCUACAUGUCACGCUCCUUGAAUCCAGCGUUGGACGGGUUGUCUUAUGGGUUAUCUGGCCAAGAUAAGAGAGCGAGUGGCGGGGAGGUAGCGCCGGGUAAAGGGGUCUCUCCCAUGUCCCACUCCUUUGCCAAUUUCCACUAUCCCGGAGCAGGAGGGCAGAGCCUGAGCAGGAGUCUCAUGAUGGAGAGCUCUGACUGCCACAGCAUCUUUGAGGAAUCCCCUGAAACGUCAAGGACAGACACACCUGUGGAUAAGAUGAUGAGUUCAGGUGGAGCACAGAACCUGCGUCCUGCCUCAGCUCCGGGCGAGGAAGCACCAUCAGCUGGCUCUGCUGACAGGAACGAGCUUCGCGACUCAACAGAGAAGUAUGAAGAGUACUAUCGGCAGCGUCUUCGUGUGCAACAGCACCUGGAGCAGAAGCAGCAGCAGAGGCAAAUGUACCAGCAGAUGCUGCUGGAGGGAGGGGUUCAGCAGGAGCCCCCGCCAAGCGAAAUGCAGCACAGCCUCACAGAGAAGUUCCUCAACAGGUCCAUCCAGAAGCUGGAGGAGCUCAAUGUGGGGAUGGAGGAUUUAGGGGAGGAGGUGAAGUCUCUGUCCCAGCAGUGUAAUGGCAACGGGAACACGCCCACCUCUGAGGACAAUAGCAACCCUCCAUCUGUGACCCCGGAACAGACCAAGACCCGGGGGGGAGGGGUGCUCAGCAGCACCCCACAACACGCCGCGGGGGGCCGCACAGUCCCGCCUCCAGAUGAGUCCCCUGUCAUCUCUCAGAGUGAGCAGAAACACAAAGGAGGUCAACAAGAUGACACUUCUGGCUCCUUAUCCCGAAGUAAAGAGGGUGACAAACCAAAAAACCUGUUUGUGCCAGUGCAUACUCUGGAGGACACUCAGGCCGUUCGAGCUGUUGCUUUUCACCCGUCUGGAGCACUCUACGCCGUGGGAUCCAACUCCAAAACUCUACGUGUCUGUGCUUAUCCAGAAACAUUAGACCCAAGUGGUUCAAGUCCAAUCAAGCAGCCGGCCGUCCGCUUCAAGAGGAACAAACAUCACAAAGGGUCCAUCUACUGUGUGGCCUGGAGCCACUGUGGGCAGCUGCUGGCUACAGGCUCCAAUGACAAAUAUGUCAAAGUCCUUCCUUUUAGUGCAGAGACAUGCAACGCAACAGGCCCAGACCUGGAGUUUAGCAUGCAUGACGGCACCAUCAGAGACCUGGCCUUCAUGGAGGGUCCAGAAAGUGGAGGAGCCAUCUUGAUCAGCGCCGGAGCUGGAGACUGUAACAUCUACACCACCGACUGUCAGAGAGGGCAGGGUCUGCACGCCCUCAGUGGACACACAGGUCACAUUCUGUCUCUGUAUACGUGGGGAGGCUGGAUGAUCGCCUCUGGCUCUCAAGACAAGACGGUGCGUUUCUGGGACCUCAGGGUGCCUAGCUGUGUCCGAGUAGUGGGAACUGCUUUCCAUGGCUCAGGCAGUCCUGUUGCCUCGGUAGCAGUCGAUCCUAGUGGCCGUCUCUUAGCAACAGGGCAGGAAGACAGUGCAUGCAUGCUGUAUGACAUCAGAGGAGGACGAAUCGUCCAGGUGUACCGGCCGCACACCAGUGAUGUGCGAUCCGUCAGGUUCUCCCCUGGAGCACACUACCUGCUCACUGGCUCCUACGACACAAAGGUCAUGGUCACCGACCUCCAAGGUGACCUGACCAAGCAGUUGCCUCUGACCGUGGUGGGAGAGCACGGCGACAAGGUGAUUCAGUGUCGAUGGCACACACAAGACCUGUCCUUCCUCUCAUCCUCUGCUGACCGCACUGUCACACUCUGGACACACAACCCAUAAUACGCGCACACACACACACACACACACACGCACGCACAGAUAACCAGUGGCUAUAAUCUAAAAGACACACAUUCCCUCAAAACAACACUGCUCCUCUUGCAUCAACACUGUCACACCCUUUCAACACACUCGACACUUUCAGCCUGAAAACAACACACACACACACAAACAGGUGAAUGAGCCUUUCAAUCCUGUCUGUAAGAAACCAAAUGGAUACAAGCCUGUGACACAUCAAAAGCACACAUGUUGCAUGUUCUCCUUGUUUUUGUUUGUUUGUUUGUUUGUUUGUUUGUUUUUACAUCUCUCACAUUGCAUUCGUCACUCAGUUGUCGUAGUUCACUAUCACUUCAUCCCUUCAUGUGGUCUCAUCCUACAUCUUCACUCCUACACACACACACACACCAGUUAGUUGCUGCAUGUCCUUUUCACUGAGGAGUUGUUGAGGUUAGACAGGAUAGAGUGCUUUGUUCAUGAUGGUGCCUUCCUUGAGUUCCAAGUUUCCAUGACAAAAAUAUUAAAAAAAAAAAAAAAAAGGUCAUUUUUCAAGAUCAAAUUUUGUUAAGUCAUUUUGAGAAGUCCUACAUUCCUUCCUGUUUUGCAUAUCAUUUUCUUACAGCUGCUGUUAUGCUGCUAUUGUUUGAGAAAACAAGAGUUUAACUUAUGGUGUAAAAUGUAAUUUUUCAGUGUCAGUAGUGAGCUUUUCCCAUCAGGAGGCUGAAUCUGUGGAAGUCAUACGAUCUGUUCAUCAGUCAGCUGUUGCUUCCCUGUGGGAUGUGCUGAUGUGUAAUGUCACUGUAUCCACUGCAUAUCUACAACUCAAAAAUGUGUAAAUUAGCUUGUGCAUUUGUUUUAAAUUUGAAAUCAGUGUUUUGCGCUGAAGCUGUUAGUGUCUUGCAAUGGCUUGCUUGCAAUGGAAGAUCGUUAUUAUGUCAGCAUCAAAGGGAAAUACAAAGUGUAAUUUGUGGUUGAGCACCCUAGCAUUAUGUUCAGGAUUUUUCAGUGUUUAAAAGCUUUGGUUUGUCUACUGCUGUAAUAACAUAACAACAGUAGGUGGCAGUCUUUGCCCAUAGCAAGGGUCUAACCAUAUGCACAAUGAAAUCUGAAUGGAAAAAUGGGUGUUUGGAUAUUUAUUUAGAACCAGUAUUUGGGGCAUAUGCAUUGUAUUCUUUUCUUCAAUUUUACAUGCACACUUUGUCUUUUAACAUUGUUUUCUAAUAUUGGUUUACAUGCAUAUUUAAAUUUUUGUUAAUGUAUAGUAUAUAUUGUUUUAACAAAUAAGGCCAAACUAAUACAUAGAUGUAUUUAUUUCACUUGUGUAUGUACAGGUAUUAGUAUGUUUUUGAAAUGCUAGUGGCUCUUGUAUUAAGCCUUCCUAAUUCUUGUUUUUAAAAGUGACUUAAAUUAAUUCAAGCUAACUCAAGUCUACUGCUGGUACGUUCAAUAAAGUGUCUUUUACACAA